UUUUAUUAUUUAUAUCAACAUCAUCAUUAAAAAUAAGAAGUGACGUAAAAGAUAACCUAUAAAUCGACAUAACCUAAAAACCAUGAAAUACUCAAGUUUUAUCGCCCGAACUGUUUUUGUGCAAAAUAACGAUAUAGAAGCGGCUUGUAGGAUAUUAAAUAGGGUGUUGGGACGAGAUGGGAUCUUAGACCAAUAUCGGAGAACGAGAUUUUACGAAAAACCGUAUCAAUACAGAAGAAGAAUUAAUUUCGAGCAAUGCAAAGCGAUUUAUAAUGAAGAUAUGGACCGCAAGAUCCAAUUUGUUCUGAGAAAGAACCGAAAAGAUCCUUUUCCUGGAUGUAUAUAAAUGAAAUAAAUAAUUUUGUAGUUAUUAAAUAGAAAUAAAUUCUUUAUUAAUCAAA